AUCAAAUAUUUGAAAUAUGUUAAUUUUGACACUGAUUUCACGAAACCAAACCGAAUAUCAAUAAAUUAAAAGUUGACUUAUGUUAAUGUAUGAAAUUAGGCAUGUCCAGAUCUUCGAAACCUUGUACAUGUUCAAGAAAAAAAAAUUCCAGGAACAAAUUAGAUUUCAGUAAUGUUGGAGGACUAUCCCAUCACAUUAAAACUCUCAAAGAACUCAUUAUUUUUCCCUUGCUGUAUGGAAAUCUCUAUUCUCACUUCAAUAUAAAAGCUCCUAGAGGUGUUCUUUUUUAUGGACCUCCAGGUACGGGAAAAACUCUUGUUGCAGCAGCUUUGGCAAAUGAAAUCAAUACAGAAAAUAUAGGAAAAGUUAGUUUUUUUCACAGAAAAGGCGCGGAUUGCCUAGACAAAUGGCUUGGAGAAUCAGAAAAGAAACUGAAGGAUUUGUUUGACAAGGCUGCCAAAGCUAGGCCUUCUAUCAUAUUUUUUGAUGAAAUUGAUGGUUUGGCUCCAAUACGUUCCCAAAAAAACGACCAUGUACACUGCAGUGUAGUUUCAACAUUAUUGGCUCUGAUGGAUGGUCUAGAUAACAUGAAUGGAGUUGUCGUAAUUGGUGCCACUAACAGAUUGGACGCUUUAGAUCCCGCAUUAAGACGCCCAGGCCGUUUCGAUAAGGAAUUAUAUUUCCCAAUGCCAUCUACUGAAGCCAGAAAAGAAAUUAUUCAGGUACAUACAAAGACGUGGAAGCAUCCUCCUACUGAGGAGUUUAUAAAUAACUUGGCUAAUAUAACAGCAGGAUGUUGUGGUGCUGAUCUUCAAGCCCUUUGUGCAGAAGCAGUUCUGUGUUGCACAAAAAGACUUUAUCCUACUAUUGGAAAUACUGGUGGAACGUUGAGAGUUAGAAUUGAUCCAAAGAAAAUGAAAGUUGAAGAAUGCGAUUUUAUGAAUGCCCGACUUAAUGUUAUCCCGUCUUCACAAAAAAUAGGAACAAAAAUGCGACAACUAUGUCCAAUUUUACGGCCACUACUGGAGAGACAAAUAGAUAAUAUAGUUUCCCACGUAGGAGCCAUAUGGCCACAUUUUCUCAACCCUCAUUAUAAAUAUGUAUUGGGAAGCAACAGAUAUGCUGGUAGAAUAAUAUUAAUUGGAUCGAAUAAACAAGGAUUAUCAACACACAUCAUACCUGGAAUUUUACAGAUAUUGGAGCAUUUACCUUGUUAUGUUUUGGAUAUUUCCACAUUUGGAGAAGAGCAAUUUCUCAAUGUUAGGAAAGAUUUACCAUCGCUUCUAGUCUUAUCAAGAGUAGACGAGUGGUGGAAUCACAUUGAGGAAAGCGACCAAAUAAGCAUAGCUGCUACCUUAGAAGAUGUACAUGCUGGUGUCCCAAUUCUCACAAUCGCAUCUUGUCGUGGAGAACUGCCUUUGAAGUUGCACGACUUUUUCUAUAAUAAUUGUAGCGUGACUUUGAGGAUCGAAGAUCCAUCUGAAAGGGAGAGAGGAAAGUUCUUUUCACCGAUAUUCUUCGACGAAAAUCGCCUAAGUCUCUACAAGGUUCUUUUGAAUACAAACAAUUUACAAUCAAUUAAAAAUUCCCUCCAAAAUCAAAUUAUCCCCAAGUCGGUGUGUAGGGAAAUCAGAGCGAUCAGGAAUCCAAACUUAUACAGUAAUGGAUGGUGCUACCGACUGAGAAGUGGAGGCAAAUCAAGUAAUAAGUUGAAAUCUCAUGGAAAUAAUGAAAUGCUGGGUGAUAUAAAAAGAGAAAAAAGCGACCUUGUAGAAAAGUGCAGUAGAAAAUCGAUGGUACGAAGUGAUGAUUUCAAUAUAUUUUCACAUUUGAAUUCAAAUAUGGUUAACAACUGUAUACAGUCUUCUGUAUGCUAUAAGAUAAUCAAAACUGAACCAACAGAUGAGCAACACAAAAGUUUUAGUAGAGAGAAAAUUUUCAAGGACAGUGCUGAUGAAGACAAGAAGAAAAUUUAUAAUUUGUGGGACAGAAUAUCAGUAAAUACAUCAAGAAAUAUGAAGCUGACUCAUUUAGAAAUUUUAUAUGAUGCCAUAGUAUUAUGUCUCAGUAUGAACAGAAACAAUUUUCAGAAUUUGAUAGAAAGUGUCCAAGAAACUUUGUGUCGGAUUGAAAAUGCACAGCAAUGUGUGAAUUGAACUAAAGUCUUAUUGGUGUGUUGAUCAGAAAAGAAUUAUUUUGACACCCUGUAUCUCGAAAACUUGAAGCCCACAGAAAAAAAUGGGAGACGAAAACAAAAAUGUUACUUAUUUUAUGGGGAAUCUACAGUUUUUGUGGCGUAGCGUUUUAGGAACACCCCUCUAAAUGUUGUACCUGGAUUAUUCAUCUCUCUGAAACCUAAAACGCAGAAAAAGCGAAGAUUCGGCGAUUUGAAAGCUUACAGGAUUCGAUUAUGACCCCAAAA